GAAAGAUGUCAGAAACACAUUCACACCAAACUUUGAAGAACAGAAGAUCGAUCUUCAUAAAAUGGGGAUUGGUGGACAUGUCAAAAUACAACCUAGACACCAAAAAAGGCUUGGUGGCACGAGAGCUGCUAUGUUUGUAUAUGCUAUGAUAGGGCUUGAGAACAUGGCAUUCUUAUCAAUGGCUGUCAGCUUGGUGACUUACUUUUAUGGUUAUAUGAACUUCAGUUUGACUAAGUCAGCAACAACACUCACAAACUUCAUGGGCACUGCAUUUUUACUAUCACUCUUUGGAGGUUUCAUAUCCGACACCUACUUAUCAAGAUUCAAGACUUGUAUUUUAUUUGCAUCUUUUGAAGUCGUGGGGUAUGCACUUCUAGCAGUUCAAGCACACUUCCAAGAGUUAAGACCGAUCCCCUGUAACGCCAGCCUAGGGAGUGAAUGUGAGCCAGCAGGAAGUGGUCAAGAAGCAAUAUUGUUUACAGGUCUGUAUUUAAUUGCAUUUGGGAGCAGUGGGAUUAAAGGUGCUCUGCCUUCUUUGGGAGCUGACCAAUUUGAUGAAAGAGACCCUAAAGAGGCGGAAUCACUUGCAAGCUUUUUCAACUGGUUUUUGUUUAGUGUCACAACUGGAGCUAUAUUUGGUGUCACUUUUGUUGUCUGGAUUAGUUCAAACCAAGGUUGGGAUUGGGGGUUUACUGUGUGCUCUAUAGCUGUUUUAGUAGCAGCUCUUUUCUUACUCAUGGGGAAAUCCACGUAUCGGAGUUAUGUGCCCAAAGGAGAAAGCCCAAUUCUUCGAAUUUUGAAGGUAUUUGUGGUGGCUAUUAGAAACCGCAAUAUACCAAUACCAGAGACCACAGAGGAGUUGCAUGAGAUUCAUGACAAAGAAGCGGAUAUUCUUCAAAGAACAAAUCAAUUCAGAUGUCUUGACAAGGCAGCAGUUAUUACAACAUUACUCGAUGCAUCCGAACAACAACAAUCCGGGUCAUGGAAACUUUGCACAGUAACACAAAUCGAAGAAACAAAAAUUCUGAUCCGAAUGCUCCCAAUUAUACUAAGCACGAUCUUCAUGAACACAUGUUUAGCCCAACUUCAAACUUUCACCAUUCAACAAAGCACAACCAUGGACAGAAACCUCCUCGGUUUCAAAGUCCCGGGUCCCUCAAUUCCAGUAAUCCCGCUUCUCUUCAUGUUCAUCCUAAUUCCAAUUUACGAUCGGGUUUUUGUUCCAUUGGUAAGAAGGGUAACCGGGAUUCCAACCGGAAUCAGACACCUUCAAAGAAUCGGAAUCGGAUUAAUCCUCUCCAUUAUCUCAAUGGUAGUCGCCGGAAUCGUGGAAACCCACCGGAAAAACGUCGCGAUUGAUAACAACAUGGUGGAUUCACCGGGCCCGCUACCUUUAACGGUUUUCUGGCUAGGGUUUCAAUACGCGAUUUUUGGGGUGGCGGAUAUGUUUACAUUGGUGGGGUUGUUGGAGUUUUUUUAUGAAGAGAGUUCAUCGGGGAUGAAGUCACUUGGGACAUCUAUUUCAUGGUGUUCAUUGGCUUUUGGAUAUUAUUUGAGCUCGAUUGUGGUGGAGGUGGUGAAUAAAGUGAGUGGUGGGUGGUUAGGUAGUAAUAAUUUGAAUAGAGAUAAGUUGAAUUAUUUUUAUUGGUUGUUAGCAGUGUUAAGUUUAGUGAAUUUAGGGGUUUAUUUGAUGUGUGCAAAUUGGUAUAAAUAUAAGAUUGUGGGUGUGAGUAUGAGUGUGAAGCAAAUUGGUGAAGGUAGUGAUGACAUAAGUGAAAGAAAGAUUGAGAUGUCUAAUGUGUAGGUAAAGAUAUAUUGUAUACCGUAUAAGUACCCAUCCUCAUGGUAUCUAUAAUUUUGUAUAUUUUUUUCAUGUGUAUUACAAAGUUACGAAUAAAAGAUAAUGACAUCGUAACAUGGGCGUAUCUAUAUAUAGACCGCCUUUAGUAUUA